AUGGGUAACGGGAUCGAGGCAGUCCUGGUAUCCCCAGACAGAGAUCAUUAUCCUCUUACCAGCAAACUCGAUUUUGAUUGUACAAAUAAUAUGGCAGAAUACGAAGCAUGCAUCAUAGGUAUCCGUGCAUCCAUAGAAUGUAAGAUCAAGCGAGAGGAAAAUCAGAUGGCUGAUGCCCUGGCUACCUUAGCUUCCAUGGUCAAAGUGAACAAACAAGAGGAUGCAAACGAGAAUGAUAAAAGAACACUGAGGAGACUGGUUAAUGACUAUGUCUUAGAUGGGGAGACCCUAUAUAAAAGAAGAAAGGAUCAAGUGCUACUAAGAUGUGUGGAAGCUAUUGAGGCCAAGAAAAUCUUGGAAGAAGUCCAUGAGGGUGUUUGCGAAACACAUGCCAAUGGUUUUACAAUGGCCAGGAAAAUCAUGAGGUUCAGAUAUUUUUGGUCCACCAUGGAAGGGGAUUGUAUCAAUUAUGCCAAGAGAUGUCAUAAACGCCAAAUUUAUGGUGACAAAAUUCAUGUGCCUCAUUUACCUCUUCACGUUAUAACUUCUCCAUGGACUUUCUCUAUGUGGGGCAUGGAUGUUAUUAGGCCGAUCUUGCCAAAAGCUUCUAAUGGGCAUCGAUUCACCUUUGUGGUCAUUGAACACUUCACCAACUGGGUAGAAUUCACUUCUUACGUCAGUGUCACGAAGUCGACACUCAGCAAAUUCUUGAAGAAAGAGAUCAUAUGUCGGUAUGGGAUGCCAAAAAGGAUUAUAUCUGACAAUGCAUUGAAUAUAAACACCAGUACAAUAGCGAAGUUACCAUUUGCCCUCUACACUUAUCGAACAUCUAUUAGAACCUCCACCGAGGCAACUCCUUUCUCAUUGGUUUAUGGAAUGGAGACAGUUUUACCCAUUAAAGUCGAGAUUCUUUCUGUCCGAGUUUUGUCAAAGUUGAAGUUAGAUGAAGAAGAAUGGAUUCAAUCCCAAUAUGAUCAGUUGAACUUGAUUGAAGGAAAAAGGCUGAAAGCUAUCUGUCAUGGUCAAAUAUACCAAAAACGAAUGAUGUGA